AUGACAGAAAGACUGCUCGUUGCCGGCAGCAACUCGGGAUUCCAGCUCGGUGUGGGCCACAAAGAUGAUGUACGGACGCUGCAAGAAGCGCGCUGCCAGCUCGAUGCCAGAGGUCCGGACGGCAAACCGCUGAUCGGCACGUUCCCCCCGCAAGGUUACACCGUGGCGGCCGUAUCAUCCGGCGCCAAUCACACUUUGGCUUUGCUGAGACCGGUGGGCUGGACCGAGACCCUGUCCGGUCACAGCGGACUCGCCGAGGUCUGGGUGUGCGGCUCAGGUAAAGAGGGUCAGCUUGGGCCUGCAUAUGCUGCGAAGCGAGCUAGACAGCCCAAAGUCUUCACCCGCCUGGACUUGGCCGAAUGCUUGGCUUCACUUCCGGAAGAAGACCGCAGGGCGUUUUCGGGAAAAGACGUCGAGCCCUCCUUUGUCCAGUGUGGCUGGACCUGCAGCUACGUCGUUCUGGCGACGGCUACUGCAACAUCAGAGCAGAGCGAGGUGGUCUCGUUCGGCUUCCAUCGAGACCAUCACUUCGGCGAGCUCGGUCGGCCGGCUCCAGUCGACACGGAUGUGGGGGCACCGACAGACGGCGUGGAGCGAUGCGUGCAUCGAGUCCGCCUCGAGUGCUUGUUCGAGCAAGUUCGACUUGAUGCAGACGGAUACUUUGAGGUCGAAGGCAUUGCGGCAGGUCUGCGACAUGCGAUCGUUGCCCUGAAGUACUCAAAUGCAGACUACGAGACGACGCACGCGAUCGUGGCAGGCUGGGGCUCUGCACGUCACUCCCAGGUCGGCAAUGCGAUCAAACGACCAUCGACAGCCCGUCCGCCUGACAAGAAGCGACGUGCGUAUGUUCCAAAGGUAGUAUGGGAGCCGCAGCGCAUGUGGAGUGCUGAGGAAGGCGGAGGCGUAUGGCACUUCCUUGACCUGGCGGCAGGAAGAGAUCAUUCGAUCAUCUUGCUCACCAAAUAUGAUCGUGGUGGUGAAAGGAGAGUGCGAACCAUCAACUUUGGAUCCAAUUACAAGGGGCAGCUGAUGGACGCCCCAGCUGUCUGCUUCGUCGAUGGAGAUCCGGAAGACCUGAUCGCAGUGUCUUGCAACUGGACAAGCACCCACGUGCUCCUCGAAGCGGGUCGUUGCUACGUCAAUUGCGAGCGCAUCGCGCAUGCGGUGGCCAGCUGUGGAAGCAACAGCAAGGGCCAACUCGGUGACGGGACGCGAGAGUCGAUAGCUGGCGACUAUGGGGUCACACUUGUCGACCUCGAGACCGUCUUGAACCACAGGCCGACCUCGGUCGCAGGGACUGCCGAUUCAGAGCGCUUUCCCGAGACCGAAGAGUUGAGCGUGUCCAAGAUGGCGUCUGGCAGCGAGCAUACGCUGCUGCUCGUGAGGCGCGAUCUGGACACAAGCCUUGGCUUCCCCUAUGCUUCGACGAAGGAAGUGUGGGGCUUUGGCUGGAACGAGCACGGCAAUCUCGCGCAGGGCGAACACGACGAGUCGGACCGCGACAGGCCCGUGCCUCUCAUCAACGGAUCGCGGUCCGGUGCCGCUUCCGCAUAUUCGCCGCUGGACAUCUGGGCCGGAAAUGGGACCUCUUUCAUUCGCGUCGAACAACGGCCCGGCGCACCGACGACCUGA